AUGUUUUCGGCGUGGCCAACUUGGGCGACCACAACCUUUGGCGGCCUCUCUGUGGCCCUUCUGAGCCUUCAUGCCCUGGAUGCCUCCCCAGCUUCGCCUCCAUCCUUGAGCAAGACUACGCCAGCGGACUUUACAGCCUUUCAGAUGAAAUACUUGUGUGUGUAUUGGAUCGUGAUGUUUGCCGACUGGUUGCAAGGUCCCAACGUGUACACGUUGUACCAGAGCUAUGGCAUGGAUGUCGGCGCUCUCUUCAUGAUCGGCUUCACAUCGUCCGCCGUCUGUAGCAGCACCGUCGGUCGACUCGUCGACACUUACGGCCGCAAGCGCGCAUGUGUGGUGUUUUGUCUCUUGGAGAUCGUCAUCAACUUGCUCGAACAUGUGCCAAACUUCACCGUGCUCGCUGUUGGGAGAGUGUUGGGCGGCAUCUCCACGGCUCUCCUCUUCUCGGCUUUUGAGAGCUGGAUGGUAUCCGAGCACCGGCGUCAACGGUUCCCGGACGAACUCUUGGCUUCGACGUUUGCCCUCGCGGCCGAAGGGAAUGGCCUCGUUGCCAUCGUUGCUGGCGUCGUUGCUCAAAUAGCCGCCGAUCAAUAUGGUGAUAUUGCACCGUUCCAACUCGCCAUUGCAGCAACGGUCGUCGCCGCCCUGUGGAUUUGGCGCUUCUGGCCAUCCGACUCGCCACCUGUGGGCACCCAGGAGCGUGCCACGUCAGAGAGUACUACUACUACCCCUUCCCCCACGACAUGGACGUGGCCAGUCCUAGCCCUCGGCCUUUCGUACAGUCUGUUUGAAGGCGCCAUGUAUGUCUUCGUCUUUCUAUGGGUCCCUGCAUUGCAAUCCCUUUCACCUGACCCCCUUCCCGUCGGCCUCGUGUUUGCCUCGUUCAUGUUAUGCCUGGCGAUUGGCGGCAAAGUUGUACGGGGCGUGCCGCACUCGUCGUUGCCGCUCGUACUGUCCAUCCUCUGCGGCGUGGCCGCGCUGUGUAUGGUGAUUCCUGCUUUGGAAUGGGGCCUCGCGUGGACGCUGGCGUCAUUUUUGGUGUUUGAGGUGUGUGUGGGCAUGUACUUUCCCAUCACAGCCACGUUGCGCGCCGAUAAUUUUCCCGAUGCCACCAUGAGCACCAUCAUGACAGCAUUCCGCCUUCCGACCAAUGUGAUUGUGCUUGCGGGGACCCAGAUGGCGUCGUGGUCGGCCACGUCUCCGCACAUCUUUCUCCUCUGCGCGGCGGUCCAUAUUGUGGCGGCGGCUGUAGCCACGACUGGCAUCACCGUCGUCCCAGCGACAAAAUAA